AUGACGCCCUCGCCCGGUCCCCAAAUAAACACUACCGAGGUGCGGCGGCCUCGCUCGAGCCAGACUGUCUCCUUCUCUGUCGACGAGGGCAAGGGCAAGGGCAUCAACUCUGGUCAUGCCGCCGACUCGACAAGUUUGCAGUUGGCCGUUUCCGAGUGCAUAGAGACAACCACCACAACCACCACCACCACUACCAAACGCACUUUCCCCCCCAUUUACCUGCGCGACGUUCGUCCUCUCCACGAGCUUGACUCGAAGGAAUAUCCUCUGGCCUCGAAGCCUUUGCCCCCCGAACUCGCAAACUUCUCCUUCAGCGUCACUGGCUCCUCCUCCGACCCUAUGGCCGAUAACCCCUUUGUCUACAACAGAAAGCGCAAGACACCGGCCGCCGCCGAGAGGCAACCUGCAGGUCUCCUCAAAGAAGACGAGUCCAGUCAAGAAAUAUCUCGACGCAUCGCCAAAUCUCCUUCCGACGCCUACCAGCGGAGAUCACGGCGGUCGAAUCCUCGCGAAACCUCACCCUCAUACAACGCGGCCCCCGUUCUGCCUUCGCGCCCGUCACGAAACCCUAGGCCCACUGGUCUCGCCUUCCCUGAGGAUCAUUCACAGAGGCUUCGACGUCAACUCGCCCAAGGCAGGCAGAGUGGCUAUUUGGCCACCCCAGACACUUCCGAAGUCGCUGGCACCAGCACCGGCACCGAACGGGCAACGCGACCCCGAUCGCUUCACCCAAACCGCACGAGCCACACUCCUCCCGAGUCAGGCCCGAGCCAAACAAACCCGCAGGAGGCUGACAGCCCUAUCGGCAGUGAUGCACUCACAGUCUUCAGUAGCAACGUCGCCACUCCUCCCAUAACCGACGCAGACCCCGAGCCCUUUGUCGACGAUGAUGAUGUCGACGACGAUGAAGACGAUGAGGAUGCGUUACUUCGACCCGUCGGCCACCGACCCUCCAUCGAUGCCGUGGCUGCGCAGGAUGCGAGCCUCCCUAGUCCGAGACUUUCGCCGACGCUCGCUGCCGCCCAGCUGAACUCAAGGGACUCUGAUGACGAAGAUGUAGCCUCGCCGCAGAGCAGCGUCGUCGCCAGACACAAUGUCAGCUUUCGAGACCAGUCCUGGUUGCACGAAUCCCAGACCACCGAGGAGGGCGGCUACGUCUCCGACGUGUCCAUGGUCGCCGAUAGCAGCACAUGUCAACCCGAUAACCUCGACGCCCACACUGCUAUGAUGAACGCACGCACGAUGAUGGAGGGCUUUGACUCGAUGCCCAACGAGAUGAAGAGCUUCAUCAUGUAUAACCUUCUCCGUCGCUGCCCGCGCAAGACUCUGCGUCUCGUUGCCGAUGUCGUCACCCCCGCUCUGAAGUGCGAUUUCUUGAAGCAACUUCCUCUUGAGCUCAGCUUUCACGUUCUGUCCUUCCUCGAUCACCGCGACUUGUGCCGAGCUGCCCAAGUCUCAAAACACUGGCGGAACAUUGUCGACACGAACGAAACUGGAUGGAAGGAGCUGUUUGAUCGUGAUGGCUUCACGCUGCCUCCCGGCGAACUGGACAAGGCCAUCGUUCAGGGUUGGGGCUGGCAGGACCCCGUUGGUGUCACGGGCGCAGAGGUCGACUUGAGACCCUUGACCAGACUGGAGUCGGCUGACAACGAACUUACGAAGGUUGUCGUAAAGUCGGACCCGACGAUCAAGCUGCGAAGUUCUAAGCGCAAGCGCGCCCUCAACCUAUCGAGCGCCGACCGAUCGAAGCGCAGGGCUAGCGGCCAGGACGCCGCUCGUUUGGAGGCCAUGCAAUCAGAGGUCAGGCAGCACAAAUCAGAGGGGCCGCUUUCAGCAGCCAACGCGGCCGCGGCCGCUAUGCCCAAUCCAAAGACAAGCAUCCCGGGUCUCCAGAAGUUGCACCUCUUCAAGUCUCUCUACCGUCGCCACUACAUGAUCCGCCAAAGCUGGACAAGCGGAAAGGUGAAGCCCGGACACGUUGCGUUCGCUGCACACCCCCGCCAUGUCAUCACCUGCCUGCAGUUUGACGAGGACAAGAUCAUUACCGGAAGCGACGACACCUUGAUUCAUGUUUACGACACCAAGACCGGCAAGCUUCGCAAGAAACUCGAGGGCCACGAGGGCGGCGUCUGGGCUCUGCAGUACGAAGGCAACAUGCUGGUGUCCGGAUCGACGGACCGAUCCGUUCGGGUCUGGGACAUAGAGAAGGGCCUCUGCACCCAGGUCUUCUAUGGCCACACCAGCACUGUCCGGUGCUUGCAGAUCCUGAUGCCGACCGAGACCGGCAAGGGACAUGACGGCAAGCCCAUCAUGAUGCCGCCGAAGCCUUUGAUUAUUACGGGAUCUCGCGACAGUCAGCUUCGUGUCUGGCGCCUGCCCGAGGUCGGGUCUCGCCGGUACAUCCAGACGGGUCCGCCAGCGAACGACGCCGACUGUCCUUACUUCAUCCGUACCCUUUCCGGGCACACGCACUCGGUCCGCGCCAUUUCUGCCCACGGUGACACCCUUGUCAGCGGGAGCUACGACAGCACUGUCAGAGUCUGGCGUAUCAGCACUGGCGAAUCUCUCCACGUACUGCACGGUCAUUCGCAAAAGGUCUAUAGCGUUGUCCUCGACCACGAGCGCAAUCGCUGCAUCUCAGGCUCCAUGGAUUCCUUGGUCAAGAUUUGGGACCUCAACACCGGCGCGUGCUUGCACACGCUUGAGGGACACAGCCUUCUCGUCGGUUUGUUGGAUUUGCGUGACGAGCGACUGGUAUCAGCAGCCGCCGACAGCACGUUACGAAUCUGGGACCCGGAGAACGGAAAGUGCAAGAACGUCUUGACAGCCCACACGGGUGCCAUCACCUGCUUCCAGCACGAUGGCCGAAAGGUGAUUUCGGGAAGCGAGAAGACGGUCAAGAUGUGGGACAUCCGCACUGGCGAGUGCGUGCAGGAUCUUCUGACGGAUCUUAGCGGGGUCUGGCAGGUCAAGUUUGACGAGCGGCGUUGCGUGGCCGCUGUCCAGCGUGACAGCUUGACAUACGUCGAGAUUCUCGACUUUGGUGCCGUCCGCGAUGGCAAGCCUCUCUCGGAGCUCGGAAAGCGCAAACUUCUCAACGAGCCAGAAGUCCAAGCGCUUCUGUCGGAAGAACUAUGA